UCAUUUUAUUAGUUGCGGUGGUUUCGAGGGAGGACAUCCGGACGCAAGCACCCCACACACACUUCUCUUCCUCGCUUUCUCUGGGACUUCGCCACUACUUCGAGACCCCGGCCACCUCUACUUCAAUGGACAUGUCUCGUCGGCAGUUUGACGGGAUGCCAGUAAAGACCAGCGGCCGAGAGCCGGAGCCUCGCGGCGAGCGGAGGUUCCACUCGCAGAUCGGCCUCAUGCUGGAGGCCGUGCGGCGCCAGACCUUCGUGGACUGGCCACUCCCCUUCGUGAACCCGGACAGUCUCGCAAAGGCUGGAUUCUUUUACCUCAAGACGAAGGACCACGUGCAGUGCGUCUUCUGCAACGGCAUCGUCGGCUUCUGGGACGAGGGCGACGAGCCCGAGGUGGAGCACCGCAAGCACUUCUCCACCUGCCCCUUCAUGACGGGCGGCGUCACGGGCAACGUGCCGGCCGUCGCCAGCCCCGAGACGGACGAGGGGCGCCUGUACCAGCUGCUGAACCAGUACUACGCCUCCAAGGUGGCCCACACCAGGCCGCCCCUGCCCGCCACCUACCAGGCCGACUCGACACGGGUGCCGUGUGACGGCCAGGCGGCCUUCCCGCACCUCAGCACACCCAUGAGCCGCCUGCGGACCUUCGCCGAGUGGCCUAAGGACACUACGGGCGUUGAGGCCGAGAUGCUGUCCGAGGCGGGCUUCUUCUACACGGGAAUGUCAGACUUCACCCAGUGCUUCCACUGCGGUGGCGGCCUCUUCGCCUGGCGGAGAGGAGACAACCCUCUCACCGACCACGAGCACUUCUAUCCCUUCUGCAACUUCAUCAGGAUGCAGCGAAAGGAAAGCGGAGGCGCCGAACACAGCAGCGCCAAGCCCGGCGCUCAGCAGCGGCACCGAACCCUCGGCAAGGAGGAGGCCGAGCUGCUGCUGCACCACCCCAUGGCCAAGCGUGUGUUGGAGCUCGGGCUGCCGCGGGCAUCCGUGAGGGAGGCCCUGAAGCUGCGCCUGGAGACGCGCGGCGUGCUGUGCAAGUCGGUGACGGAAGCGCUGGAGCUGGUGUUUGACUACGACGAGAGGCAGCGGCAGAUGGCCGCCAAGGAGUUGGUUCGCGACGGCCUGCAGCAGCCCGAGCCUGAGGAACAGGAAACGAGUAACAACGCGACGCCGGCGGAGUCCGCGAUGGAGGUGGAGACGAAGGAGCACUUCCUGCCGCCCACGCCGCCGCCGGAGCAGAGCGGUCAGCCCACGGCCUCGGAGUACGCCAGGCUGCAGCAGGAAGUUCAGGCGCUGCAGCAACAGGUGCUGUGUGAGGAGCGGCGCCUGACGUGCCGGGAGUGCGGCAAGGAGCGCGUGGCUGUGGUGUUCCAGCCGUGCUCACACCUGCAUCUGUGUGCCAAUUGCGCGCGGCCGCGGGACUCCUGCAUCACCUGCGGCAGCAUCGCGCGGGGCACCCUGCGGCCCAUCAUCGGCUGACUCGCACGGCCCUCGGCCGCCUGAAAAACGGCCUUGAGGGCGCCGGGAUUGGUUCUAUGGGGUUGGUACACCGCCACCUGCACGCAGCCCCCCACGCCCACGACCCACCGCCGCUGCAGCCCCUCACAGCCCCCCCAAGCACUCUCCGCCCCUCCUGCGAUGCCGCCUUCACCUUUCGCCACCUCUCCCGCCUCCCAACACUCACCAGCGAGCCUCCAUGCAACCUUCGAAACAGUUAAACUUGCAUUCUCUAGAAAGGCGAAGGGUGCGAGGAGACAUGAUCGAGGUUUAUAAAUGGAUGAAGGGCUUUAAUAAGGGGGAUAUUCUUAAGGUUUUGUUGGUAAGAGAACCGGGUAGGACACGUAGUAAUGGGUUUAAACUGGAUAAAUUCAGAUUCAACAGGGACAUAGGCAAAUUUUGGUUUACUAACAGAGUGGUGGAUGAGUGGAAUAGGCUUAGCAGUAAUGUGGUGAGUGCCAAUACAAUUGUCACAUUCAAAAAUAGAUUAGAUAAAUUCAUGGACAGCGAUAUUAGGUGGGGUUAGAUUCACGGGAGCUUAGGUUCAAAGGAGCUGCCUUGUACAGGCCUACCGGCCUCUUGCAGACUCCUGCGUUCUUAUGUUCUUAUUUAGAUAACAUUUCCAUGCAUUCAAUAUCAGCCAGCCUCACGCACAGCACGUUCCUGUUCAUGGCUACAGGAAAAAGACAACCUGAGGACUGACUCGUAAAUUCCGGCGUGUGCGUUAUGCGAGGCGUGUCGUACCUGACCCCUUCCCUCCCCGACGUCUGAUCUCCCUAGCUAGACGGUCCAUUCUCGUAGUUUUCCUGUACAGAAUUACCCUGCACCAGUUACCGUCCAUUACAGUAUUGCGUCUGGCUGAGCGAUGACCAAAACUGAUGCUGUGAUAAUGCUCCCGCCUUAGCCCGUAUUCUUAAACAUUACGACAUGCACCCCAGCACACACAUUUGACAAGGCUUGGAUGGGAGUUAUUGGGCAUUUUCAGAGGUACUUUUAUGACCCUGCUGGUAGUCUGACUCUUCUGCUGCACCAUGAAGCUGAAGCAAAACUCAUUAGAACCCGAUUGAUAUCCUUCUCGGCCUUUGGAAACAGUUGACGUGAUGCUUGGAAGGGUCUGACAGCACCUACCUACUUCCAUCUCUUCCGCCCCACCAACCACGUCACACACAGCCUUGUUCCUCCUAGUUAUCCAGAAGUCUUUUAAAGCCUAUAAAACUCGCUUAAAAUGCCCCAUAUAUAUAUAUAUAUAUAUAUAUAUAUAUAUAUAUAUAUAUAUAUAUAUAUAUAUAUAUAUAUAUAUAUAUAUAUAUAUAUAUAUAUAUAUAAGGCUCCGGGAGGAGCAAACAGGGGGGCGGGGAGCAAGGCGAGCCGUCCGGCCGCGCCCCGCGGGCGCGGCCAGACGCCAGGCGGGAAGUAUUGCCAACUCGCAUAUAUUUUUGCUACAUGUUCUUGUAUGAUCUAAAAUAUAUUGUAACAUUCUAGACUGUACUGUUCUGGAUAUAUAUAGGAGAAGAGGGCGAGAGAGGCCCAGUCCGAGUCAUAGUAAGCUAGUGGCCAGUGAAGAGUCAAGAGUGAAGUGUACUACUAAGGAAGAAUAUUAAACUACAGAAGUUG